ACCCCUAGAGCCCAGCAUCCCAAAUUGCAGUGCUCUCUGUUAUUCCCAAAACCCUAAACUUGGACAUUUGUCUCUCCCAUUUUCCACAAUGGCUUGUCGCUGCAGAUCGUUCUCAAGAUCCGCCUUCUCUUUUCUCAAAUCCACAGUCAACAAACCACCUCUCAACUCCAGACCCAUCUCCUCUCUCCCAUCCACCCCAUCACUCUCAAGGUCUGCUCCUCCUCAGUUGGGUAGUCUUCAGUCUCUGCUUCCAUUCCACACGGCGGUUUCUUCAGCUCGGAUGACGUCAUGCCUCGGCAUUGACACGAGGAGCUCGAGGUCGUUGUCUCAGGGUACGCUCGGUGCAAACCCAGGAGUUUGAUAUCUUCAAAUCUUUUGUAUUUAUUAUCUAGCUGGGUCUCAGUGUGCCGCGAUAAUGAUAAGAGAUUGAAGUCGAAAGAUAGAGGCUUAGACCAAGUGUCACAUCAUUCUGUUGCCCUAUUCAUCACCUACUGGAGUUAAUUUUACAGUUCUGUAAACGGAUGAUGUAGCUGCUGGAAUUGGAUUCUCUGAUUCAUUGCAAUAAUUGUUGAGAUUCUCCUUCAAAUUUGUUUCACCUUCCAAUGGAUUUUCCCAUGGCACCAAUAUAGUACAUUGUUGUUUCUUUACUGGAAAAGAAAAUAAGUUCAAAGCUCUAAGAUCUGGCGUGUGUUCGAAGUUCCAGUUAAAGUUUUCGUUUUCAUUUUGUCUUUGAAGUUUGGAUGAACUAAAGAAGGGGCAAUGGGGUUGUCGCCACGUAGCAGUGAGCUUGAUAAUAUAGAAUAAGCUUGUAGACAACGUGAAGUGCAGGUUGAGGAAUGAGGAUACAUAUUACAUGGGCGGUAGAUGUGAUAAUGUUCAAUGUCUCCCAUUUAUUUGUGAAAAGAGUAUUGGCCUCAGCGCUCAAUGUCCCCAUGAUCACAAUACACUCGCAUGUUGCAUGUGUCUCUCCAGUCUCCAUCUCUUCCCACAAAGGUCC